GAUCGCCGUGAACAGAGUAACGUAUUUUGCGGGUUGUUUUCGAAAAGCGGUCAGUUCACUUUAAUUUUUAUAUCAGUGUGAGUGCACUCUGCAUGUAUACUGUGUAUGUGUGAGUGAGCGCGCAUAUGUAUGGAUGUGUCUCUGUGUGUGUUUGACGAAAAUGUGGUCACCAUAAACAAAAAGACACAGACGACGACGACGACGAAGAAGAAGAAGAAGCUGCCGAUCAGAAUACAAGAAAAAUUUGUACAAGCAGCAAGUGAAAUUCCUGGGCAAAAUAAAAGGAAAAGUAAAGUGAAAAAGAAAACCAGUCAAUAGCAACAACAUAAAUCUAGAGACUAGACCGCAACCAGCCCCCCAUUAUCAUCAUCAUCUGCAUCAGCAUCUGCAUUCAGCAUCAUCAUCAGCAUGUAUCGGCCAAAUUUCUACGAGUCAACUUGUUUGCGAUGCAGCGAGACUGUCUAUCAGGUGGAUCGCGUGGGGCCACUCAAGGAUUUCACAUUCUUUCAUUCCGGUUGCUUUAAAUGCGUACAUUGCGGCACUAAGCUAACGCUAAAGACAUAUUUCAAUAAUCAGCAUAAGCAGGAUGAUAAAGAGGUCUAUUGCAGUUCCCAUGUACCAAAGAGCGGACCUGGUCAUCUCGAUCAGACUUCAGUGGGCAUACGUCAGGCCUUGAAUGCGCCACGAACCAAUAAAUUUGUGAAUGAACAAAUACGUGGAAUACGCAGCGAGAUCGAUGGUGCUCCAUUGGGCGGAUCUCGCCAGUCCACACCAAAUGGCUAUGGAAAUGGACGUGAGGUUAGCUCACCAUCACAAAAUGAAUCCGAUUACAAAUACGGAAGAUUCGAUGCCAGUGCCUUGCAUAUAGCACACGCAUUGAAACAAACGGAAAUACAAAAGGCCUACAAUAAGGCACGCGAGAAGCCAAUUGAUUUCUAUUUGGCUCGCGAAGAGCAGGCCCACUUGGAGAUGAAACAUCGUAAAGAGGAGGAUGAUUUAUAUCGUAAAUUUGCACGGAAACGUGAGGAAGAGGAUCGUAAGAUACAGAAUGAAUUCCAAGAUGAAUGGGAACGAGAGCUUCAGCGUUUGACACAUAAAUUUGAAAAGGAAUUGGCCACCUCCAGACGAAGUCGAGAUGAGGCCAAUAUCCUGACACUGCGACACGAACAACAAAAGGAGGAUCUGGAGAAGAAUAUGACCCUGCGGAGAAGUAAGAAAAAGGAGAGUAUCACACGCAAAAUGCUCGAACAUGAAAGAUAUGAGACAGCUGCCCUGGUCGAUCGACAAUCGAGUGAAAUGUUGGAAUUGAUUAGUGCCCGACGAUCCGAAUAUAUGCAAAGUGAAAGCAUAUUCCUUGACGAUGAAUUCAGUGAAGGAGCCGUGCCCAUAGAAUAUCCAUUGAAUGCUCCUGUCCCAGCUCCACCAGCUGUAUCAAAAUUCCAGAUCUAUACCGAUCCCAUAGAAUUCGAGGAUGUUGAUCGUAUUGCCAUUUCGGUGGCCCAGGAAGAUCAGAAAACAUUUACAGAUCUGGUGCGUCAAUUGGUGGGACGUUGCACCACAGACAUCGAGAAGGCACGCACCAUAUUCCGCUGGAUAACGGUCAAAAAUCUAAAUGCCAUGCACUUUGAUGAUGAUCUGCGAGGCGACACACCCAUGGGACUGCUGCGUGGCAUUAAAUAUGGCACCGAGAGCUAUCAUGUGCUCUUCAAGCGACUCUGCAGUUACGCCGGUCUCCAUUGUGUGGUCAUAAAGGGUUACUCGAAGAGUGCUGGCUAUCAGCCGGGUGUCAAAUUCCAGGAUUCACGUUUUCGAAACUCAUGGAAUGCUGUCUAUGUGGCCGGCGCCUGGCGUUUUGUACAAUGCAAUUGGGGUGCCCGUCACCUGGUCAAUGCCAAAGAGGCACCCAAACAGGGCCGUGGCAAAAAUGAUAGUCUACGCUAUGAAUAUGAUGAUCAUUAUUUCCUUACCGAUCCCAGGGAAUUUAUCUAUGAGUUCUAUCCCCUGCAGGAGGAAUGGCAAUUACUGAAACGUCCGAUUACCUUAAGAGAAUUUGAGAACUUGCCAUUUGUGCGUUCUCUAUUCUUUCGCUAUGGCUUACAUUUUGCCGAUGAGGGUUAUGGCGCUGUCGUCUUCACCGAUGAUACUGGCGCCGCCACAGUGCGCAUUGCCAUGCCCACGGAUAUGCAAAGUUGCCUCAUCUUCCAUUACAAUCUCAAGUUCUAUGACAGCGAUGAGGAACUCUCUUAUGACGGUGUCUCGCUCAAGCGUUUUGUCAUGCAAUCGGUUAUUGGUAAUAUUGUGGCAUUUCGUGUUCAUGCCCCAUGUUCGGGUGCCUUCCUUUUGGACAUUUUUGCUAAUGCGGUAACACCCCAGGAAUAUCUCACCGGGGAGCCCAUGAAAUUUAAGUCCGUGUGCAAGUUCAAGAUUUGCUGUGAGGAGCUACAAACAGUUAUGGUUCCAUUGCCAGACUGUGCCAGCGGUGAAUGGGGACCAACAAAGGCCACGAGACUCUUUGGACUUAUACCCAUUACGCAUCAGGAUCCUUUGAUAUUUGCUGGACGCAGUUUAGAUCUACAAUUCCGUAUGUCUCGUCCACUCACCGACUUUAUGGCCACUCUACAUAAGAAUGGCAUUGAGGAAAAGAAACUGGCCAAAUAUGUGACACACAAUACCCUGGAUGACAUAGUUACUUUUAUUAUCAAUUUCCCCGAGGAGGGUCAGUAUGGCCUCGAUAUUUACACACGCGAAUUGGGGGCCCCACAGCAUCAACAACAUCAUCAUCAUAAUAACAACAAUUCCUCAUCCUCAUCAUCGGGCGAGAAGCAUUUGCUGACGCAUUGUUGUAAAUAUUUAAUUAACUCUUCGAAGCGGAAUUGAGUUUUGCUUUUUGACCACAGAGAGAAAAGAAAUAAACGAGGAAAUGCAAUAUUAAUUAUAGUCUAUAUGCCUAAGCAAGAUAAUAACAAAAUGAAACAAGAAACUAAAUAACAAAUUAUUGAAUUAUAUAUUUCCAAUAAUAUCACAAAAGAAUAAUAACCCUUUUGAACAGGUGCUAAGAACAACAACAAAACACAGCUCCCUUUUAAUUAAUUAAUAACAAUUUUUUUGUAUCGAAAUCGCAACUGAAAACCAUGUAAAUACUCUAGACUCUAAUCAUUAGAUCUUAAUGCAGCCUAAAAAUCUAAAUCAAAAAAACAAACCAACUUAAUUAU